AAAAGAAGAAGGAAGAAUACUGAAGCCAAGUUGAUUGUGAUUUCGAUUUUGAUGUAUAUCGGUUUAAUUGUUUAAAGUUUAUUCUUCUCUACGGAAAAAAUUAUUUCUCGCAAAAAACUCUCAGUAAAAAUACAGAAUUCUACUAUUUUAGGCAGUACAGAAAAGCGGACUUAAUUUAUUAAAAGAUGAAAAAAGUGGCUCGCUUGCGUAUUCCACAGCAGGAUGAUGGUUCAAGCACAGGAGGUCAGGAACAUGUAGGCGUGCGCACUACAGGCCGCAUAAAAAAACCCAAGGCAGUAUUUGAUCCGUCUGACAACUACUUGCCGCGUUCACAGCGCGCCAACAUUGCAGCAACAGCUUAUUCAAGCGGCACAGGAUCACCAGCAAGUGGCACAUAUAACCAAACAGAUCGUAAACGCGAUACACCAACGUCAAAUUUAUUGCAAAACCAAGACGCGCAACAAAACAAACGACUAUCACAAUCUUCUACCGCUUCGGGCAGUACAAACGCUGGGUCGACACCUGAAAUAGCUACCGCUGAUGUUUGUGAUGUGUGCCAAAAGCGCGAAGCAAAGCGUGGUACUCACGCCAAGAAUAAACUGAUUACUUGUUUGCAAUGUGAAAGACGGGUGCAUAAAUUGUGUUUGCCAGUUGAUUUCGAGGAUGUUGAUGUUCUACGUCAAUACUACAAGUGCGAAAAUUGUCGCAAGUGCGACCUAUGUGAUGCGUUUGCUGACUGUGAACCCAAAAUUAAUCAACCAAUGGUUACAUGUUCUAAAUGUGUAAAAUCUUACCAUCUUACGUGCCACAUUCCCAAUGUGUACAAAUUUCAACAAAUUUUUCGCUGGAAAUGCAAUAAAUGCCAGCCGAGCAUUAACAAUGUUUCUGAUUUGCCUGUUAAAACCAUACGAGAAAUCAUUGGUGAUGAACCACAGCGAGCGAUUCGAAGCCAACUGAUUCAACAACAGCAACAACAGCAAAAUGUAAGCAUUGCCGCAGCGGCGGCAGAAGCAAAAAGUACUGCUGCAAAAUUGUCACUUCAAGAAACUCAAAAGAACGGCGAGAACGGACAGAAACAAGACAAUGGAGGGCCGGAAACGGAUGCUAGCUACUUGGAAAGCGGUGGUAGUAGUACAACAAGCAGCAGUAGUACGAUUAGUGGAAACACUGCCAGUAGUAGUAGCGAGGAAAAAGUUGCUGACGUCACAGCUUCCAAAAGGCCAAAGCCAAACCAUGAUGAGACCGUUAAUAUUACUCCGGCUAUACGUUACAGCCCCUAUGAACCGAUUGAUGUACCGGAUGUAAAAGACUGGAAUGUUGAUCAAGUUGCUUCAUAUUUUGCGAAGUAUUUCCCAAAAGAAGCCCACGUUUUUAAGGAACAUGAAAUUGAUGGCACUUCAUUGCUAUUACUUAAGCGUAGUGAUGUUAUUAAAAAACUGCCCAUUAAAUUAGGCCCAUCGCUGCGCAUAUACAGUUUAAUACUGAAAAUUCAGACCCAAUUAAAUGAUCCCACUUUAGGUUGGAACUGUGGGCUUUAAGUGUAGCGUAUAAAAACAACUAUAUAUUUGUCUUUAAACUAUUACCAACCAAUAUUCUAUAAUUUUUCUACAAAUUUCUUGAAUUAAUAUCCGCCUUAUUAACGAAGACUCGUUUCAGGUGUUUUUCUUUGUUUGUUUUUUAUUAGUUUAAUGUUCAUCUACUUAUGUCCAUUCAUAUAUGUACAUACAUAUAUAUGUAUACAUAUUCCACAUGCGCUUCCCUGCAAGAAUUUAUACCAGCUUAGAAAUAGUCACGAGUCUAGAUUUGGGUGACGGGUACUGAUGCUAGUCCAUGCAAAUAACUGACCAAUUUAACAUGGCAUAACCUAGGACUGUUUCGAAACCAGUGAACAAUUUUCAGUCAAUUCAGACUGUUGCGAAUAAGAUUUAUUUGGAAUACUCCUCCAGUGCAUUACCUAAUCCCAGUUCGAUACUGUUUUGAAAGGACUGCUUUCAGUUACAUCCGAAUUAGAGAUGGCGCGGAAUAUCGGGACCCGCGGGACCCACGGUACUCAUUUCAAAUUGAUUGGGAUUGGCGGUAUCGAGAAGGUCUAUAAAAAUUUUGCCGGCGUGACGGGACAAAAUUCUAUUCUGACACUCCCGAUAAAACCGCAAACUUAGAAAAUCUUCCUCAAAAUCGAUGUAUGUAUGAAAUAUGCCGUUUUUAUGUUUUAUUGAAACGAAAAGGAACAGCAGCACAGCAAAACAAAAUAAUCGGAAGAUGCUAGAUCUUUCAUUAUAUUUUUUAUUUUUUAAAAUUCAUUUGAAAGACAUGUGCAUUUUUCUUAAUGAUAGAUCUCGUGACCGGCGGUACAAUCCGGUAAAACGUCGGGAUGGCCAGGUUCGGGACUUAGAAAUUGAAUUACAGGAUGAGCGGUAUCGGGAUUAAAUAUUUAGGCCCGUGCCCAUCUCUAAACCGAACUAUUUACUCUAAAUAAACUAAAAAUUUGAUACCAGUUGCUUCUUGCAGGGCGACGUCAGCUCGGCAUAUAUACACAUAUGUAUGUGUGUAUGUAGUAGUUACACGCGAUAUAUACGUUGGCACCGUUCUGAAAAGCGGCAGUAUAAGAUGUUUGCAAGAAUUGAAUUUAUAAUCAUUUCCAGUGUAAAAUCAAUGAGAAUAAAAAUUACUGUUAAAACUACAAAAAAAAAUUGUUAUUU